CGGCGCGGAGGCGCAGGAAAGGCUGGAACUGCAGAGGGAGGGGUCUACGGAACUCGGCGGUGGGGUUGGAAUCGGGCCGAGGGCUUAGAGGUCGCCGAGUGGGCUGUCGGCGGAGCGGACAGCCUGCAGGUCUAGGGUGGGGCUUGAACGGCCUUUGGCGGGGCUCGCCGCGGGGCGGAGGGGUUGAAGCGUGUCGGAGGGCCUGGGUUCCGGGCCUGGGGCGAGAGCACGCCGUGGUCUUUUUCCUUUAUUCAGGCUCCCGCACCGCGCCUGCGAGCCCGGGAGUUACCCAGGGAUUUGUGGGAACUGCCCCGUGACUGUUAGAGAAGAUGCCUUACCUUGGCUCUGAGGACGUGGUGAAGGAGUUGAAGAAGGCUCUGUGUAAUCCUCACAUUCAAGCUGAUAGGCUGCGCUACCGGAAUGUCAUCCAACGAGUAAUUAGGCACAUGACUCAGGGCUUGGACAUGUCUGGUGUUUUCAUGGAAAUGGUGAAGGCCAGUGCCACUGUGGACAUCGUUCAGAAGAAGUUGGUUUAUCUGUACAUGUGCACUUAUGCACCCCUAAAACCAGAUCUGGCUCUUCUUGCCAUCAACACACUGUGCAAAGACUGCUCAGACCCCAACCCGAUGGUGCGAGGGCUGGCACUACGGAGCAUGUGUAGCCUUAGGAUGCCUGGUGUGCAGGAAUAUAUCCAACAACCUAUUCUCAAUGGCUUACGGGAUAAGGCUUCAUAUGUCAGGAGGGUAGCAGUCCUUGGUUGUGCCAAGAUGCAUAAUCUUCAUGGAGACGCUGAAGUGGAUGGUGCCCUGGUAAAUGAGUUAUACAGUUUGCUGCGUGACCAGGAUCCGAUUGUGGUUGUGAACUGCCUGAGGUCUCUAGAGGAAAUUCUGAAACAGGAAGGAGGUGUUGUCAUCAAUAAGCCCAUUGCCCACCAUCUCUUAAAUCGUAUGUCAAAAUUGGACCAAUGGGGCCAGGCUGAAGUAUUGAACUUUCUGCUACGCUACCAACCCCGCAGUGAGGAAGAAUUGUUUGACAUUCUCAAUUUGCUGGACAGCUUUCUCAAAAGCAGUAGCCCAGGUGUGGUGAUGGGAGCCACAAAACUCUUCCUGAUCUUGGCAAAAAAAUUUCCACAUGUACAAACAGAUGUGCUUGUGCGAGUCAAGGGCCCUUUGCUAGCUGCCUGUUCUUCAGAGAGCCGGGAACUCUGUUUUGUUGCCCUUUGCCACGUGCGCCAGAUCUUGCAUAGUUUGCCAGGUCAUUUUAGCAGCCACUAUAAAAAGUUUUUUUGCUCCUACUCGGAGCCCCACUACAUCAAACUGCAGAAGGUGGAGGUGCUCUGUGAGCUGGUGAAUGAUGAGAACGUGCAGCAGGUGCUGGAGGAGCUCCGUGGGUACUGCACUGAUGUGUCUGCUGACUUUUCACAGGCUGCCAUCUUUGCCAUAGGUGGCAUUGCUAGGACUUACACAGAUCAGUGUGUACAGAUUCUAACAGAGUUGCUAGGGCUUCGACAAGAGCACAUUACCACAGUGGUGGUGCAGACUUUCCGAGACCUGGUUUGGUUGUGUCCUCAGUGUACCGAAGCUGUGUGUCAGGCCCUGCCCGGCUGUGAGGAGAACAUUCAAGAUAGUGAGGGGAAGCAGGCACUUAUUUGGCUACUUGGGGUCCACGGGGAAAGAAUUCCCAAUGCUCCUUAUGUAUUAGAGGACUUUGUAGACAACGUGAAAUCAGAGACUUUUCCAGCUGUUAAGAUGGAGCUACUCACGGCUCUGCUGCGCCUUUUCCUCUCUCGACCUGCUGAGUGCCAGGACAUGCUGGGACGUUUGUUACAUUACUGCAUAGAGGAAGAGAAGGAUAUGGCUGUCCGGGACCGAGGUCUCUUUUAUUAUCGCCUCUUGUUAGUUGGCAUUGACGAAGUUAGGCGGAUCCUGUGUAGCCCAAAAUCUGAUCCUUCUCUUGGACUUUUGGAGGAUCCAGCAGAAAGACCUGUGAACAGCUGGGCCUCAGACUUCAACACACUGGUGCCAGUCUACGGCAAAGCCCGCUGGGCAACUAUUUCUAAAUACCAGGGGGCAAAGCGUCAUGGCCCAGAGCUUUCUAACACCACAUCUUUUGCCACAUCAGGAUCCCUGAUUCCUGAAGAAAACAAGGAGAGAAUACAAGAACUCCCUGAUUCUGGAAGCCUCAUGCUAAUUCCCAAUCUCCAGCUUACUGCUGAGUAUUUUGAGAAAACUUGGCUUAGCCUCAAAGUUGCUCAUCAGCACGUAUUGCCAUGGCAGGGAACAGUCCACCCUGACACUCUCCAGAUGGCUCUUCAAGUAGUGAACAUCCAAACCAUCGCAAUGAGUAGGGCUGGGGCGCAACCAUGGAAAGCAUACCUCAGUGCUCAGGAUGAUACUGGCUGUCUCUUCUUAACAGAAUUGCUGGUGGAGCCUGAGAACUCGGAAAUACAGAUCUCUGUGAAACAAACUGAGGCAAGGAUGGAGACACUGAACAGUUUUAUUUCUGUAUUAGAAACUGUGAUUGGGACAAUUGGAGACAUAAAAUCAUAACAAAUUCUUGUUGCUUGUCCUGAAUAAGAUGGAUAACUAUCAGAGUUCCUUAGUUUUUCUUAUUAGAGCUGCUUGUAAGUCCAGAUAGUAUCAGAUGCAAAGGAGAAUAGAAUUAGGAUUCUUUGGUCUUUGCCCAAAGACCAUUGACUUAGUCCUUUCAUGCUUACUGAUCAUUGACCCAAUUUUUCAACAGUGAUGUUAUAAAGAUGAAUGUUGGUAAGGGAUGGGAAUGGGGUGAGGAUGGAAUUAGAUUCUUUUCUAAUGAAUUUUAGGGAUGGCAUUAAUAAUUAAAGAUGCCUAAAGUGUGGAAACUGAUAAGGGUCAUCAUUUGUGAGGAUCGUUCUUUAUUCCUUGGAUUAUUACAGCAAAUUCCUGAUUGUUCUAUUUCUGAUCAUGCUGUUUUGGCGAGAGUCCAGGGUCCUUAGCAUGGUGUCUGAAGUACCUCUUCAGUGUCAUGUUUUGCCACUCCCAGAACACCCUCUCUUUUGGCAGAAGCAAACAACUUGCAUUGUUUGGAAUGUAGCAGCCUCUGUACCUCUGUGCCGUAGUAUCUGCUUUUAUUUCUUGUCUAGAACAUUUCCUGACCCUGGUAUCUUCAUUAAUUAAUACGUACUCUAAUCUUUUGGUAUUAAGCUCAGUCAUGAGCUCCUUCAGGAAGUUUCCUGUGACCCUCACUCCCUUCAUUAGGGUUCUUGGAGCUGUCAGAGGAAGUAGGACACACAUCUAGCAGCACUGUUGUAAUUGUUUUCUUGUUACUUGUCCUCACUUUUUAUUCAUACCUGACCACAUUUUAUACACUAAUUGAGACAACUUGUGGCAAGAACAGAUGUGAUAAAAUGAUGGUAAAAUAUAA